CAUUCCCUUCAUCCUAAGCGCGAAAGAAUUGAUUUGAUUGGACUGCCACUCUCUUUUUCCUGGCGAACUGGUCGCAACAUCAAUCGUUCCUCCGCGCAAGUUGGGGCGCAUUGGGUAGGCGACAGCAUCAACCAGACGAGGCGAAAUUGGGCAACCCCAGGCAGCUAGGCUGUUGGGAACACUUAUAAAAGCUUGCAACAACUUUUGCUGGAUAUUUAUCAGUCCUCAAUUUUCAAGGCUUUGAUACAAGCACAAUGAUAGACGCUUCACCGCCAAUAUACCAGCCUGGAGUCCACGGGGAAUACGCCUAUUCUCAUGUCUUGACCUGUCCUCUGCACGGCAAUGAGAGAACGAAGUCAUGCUCAGGAAACUUGAGGAGAGGCGAUUCCUGCGGCAAUAAGGCGACGGAGGCUCCUAUGCCCGGGACCUUACCGAUGUGCAGGAUACACCGAGAUCAAGUGAAGAUGGCGACAUUUUGCAGGGCACAACUUCCCUGCGGUUACGAGUGUGGUCAACUUUGCGAAUGGAGGCCUCAUAUGUUCCAGAUAUGCUCCGACCAUCAAGAUGUUCCCAGGACCUGCUAUUUCUUCAAGGUUCCCAUGGAGAUGCGGCUCCGCAUCUAUCGCCUGUUACUUCCAGAUAUACGCAUACCCGCACGACGUUCUGGUACUUGCUUGAGAGAAAGUGGCGAGCAUACACACAUGGAAAUCCUCCGAGUCAACCGCCAGAUCCACGAUGAAGCUACGAGCCUCCUAUACGGCACUGGCUCCUUCAGCAUCGAGAUUUCCGCAAAUGGGUUAAGCAUGAGCAGCAAAUCUGACCCAAGUGGAUGCGCUACAAACUUCUACAACCCUCCUAAUGUGGUCCCAAACGGCCCCAACCCUCAUCCCGCCUUCUAUGCAGGGCCCGGCCCUGGAGCUGGAGGCAAUCACCAGUUGCAAGAUUACCAAAUGCAGCUCAUGCUUCUCGAGCAACAGAACAAGAAACGACUCCUCAUGGCAAGACAAGCCGGCAUGCCCGUCCACAAUGGAUCGUCUUCAAUCCCUCCUCCUCACCCCCCAUCAUCACCAACCCACCCCCCAACACAGCCAUUCAUCCACUAUCCCAACCCAUACACCGCCACACCCUCGGGACCUGUCUGGGACUGCCCCCUGCCCGCCCACUACUUCAACCUAAUCCAUCACUUCCACAUCACCCUCAUCUUCCCAACAACCAACCAAAUAAACACCCCCUACCCACUCCCCCCACACCUCGCCUCCACACGCCUCUACACCCACAGUGACCUCACGCACUCCCUCAUCGGGCGUCUCCUCCUCCUCACCCACCCCAUCUCCACCCUUUCCAUCCGCAUCAAGUUCUUCGAUACCUACUCCCAACGCUCUGAAGCCAUCUACGCCUCACAAUUCCUCCUCCGCCCAUUCCGCCGUCUCGCAAAUAUCGUCAAACCGGAAGUUUCGGCGGUGAAAAUCAUGUCCUAUCAAGCGGGGCCUGAAAUUGACAUCUUACCCACGCUUGGGAACUAUUCGUCCUGGCCUGACGACGCGAAUCUUCUCGCAUUCCUAUCCUCCUGGACACAGGAUCUUAAAUCGGAGUGGCCCGCGAUGCCGGCAGGGGCGUCAAAAGUAUUUGAUGCGUAUUGGAAACUAGAAAGCAUGGUAAGGAGGAUACAGGGGCAUUAUCGCGGACUAACGAGUUUCGCGAUGGGGCUGGGACGGUUGGAGGAUCUGUUGGGGGUCGCGAGGGUGUGUAGGGAGGAUGGCGAUGAGGCGGGAUUCGAGGCUUGCUGGGGGGAGGUGGUGGCUGUUUGGUUGGGGUUCCUGGAGGAGCAGAGGAGUUGGGAGAGCGGGGUUGAGGGCAUGAUUGAUGGGAUCAUGGGGCUUGUUGGAAGGGAUGCUACGACACCUAGAAUGGAUAGGUUGGGGGUUGAUGCGCUGGGGGUAAAUGAAGGAAGUGGUUGUAAUCGAGUGAGUGAUUUUGGGCCAGGGAGGUGUUAAUUGUGUUUUCGAGAUGUGUUGACGGCAUUAUUCAUCAUUUCAAUCUAUGAGGAAAAGGAGACCAAGGUUCUGAUAUCAAAAUUUGUUUGCAUAAUGCAUUUAUUCAUCUUCAUACUUUCGACUCGAACUUACUCUCCACCUCCAAUUA